UGUCCCAGUGAUUAUGAAGUUUGGUUCGUUGUUUUCAGAUCCACAAGAAGGAUGUUUCAGUUUGGAAGCCGGCUGGCCCAGUUUCACUUAUCCUCAGGACCCGGUACUGCUACGGCGGCCACCAAAGGAGAGAGUACACAGCCUACCCUAACAGUACAGGACUUUAUCCAACGUGGCAGGUAGGCCCUACGUCAAGGUCUAAAUGAUUGAUUGAACGUGUAAGGGAUUUAUUCCAGUGUCUUCUGUACGUAUGGUGAGGCUGUUAACGAGAUGGUCUAGUUUAUUCUCUACAGUGGUAGCUAGCUAGGCUACAGUAUGGGGGGGGUCAGGGGUCAGGUUGUACGUAGGCUAUAUAUAGUCAAAUGCAUAAGGACCUUUGACCCCUUCUUUCCAAUAUUGUCUUAGGAAACUUGGCGGCCUGAAAAAAGAACACAUUUUCUGCAACCUACGAAUCCCGACCCAGUUUCAAACCGCCAAGGGAGACGACGUCGACCUUGUCAUCCUCACAGGUGCGCGGUCGAGCGUUAAAACGAACUAGGCCUAUGUACUGUGUUGUUGAUUUGUCUCCUAACCAAUGUUCCCUCUCUCAUUUCUUUUUUUUCCGCCACUGAGCAAAUUUCAGUUCUGCUGAGCGCAAACUUGAAAAUUUUGAAAAAUUCUGUGCAACUUCCAGCGCACGUUUACUGUGAACAAAUCAAAUUGUAUUUGUCACAUGCGCCGAAUACAACAGGUGUAGGUAGACCUUACAGUGAAAUGCUUACUUACAAACCCUUAACCAACAAUGCAGUUUUGAGAAAAAUAAGUGUUAAGUAAAAAAUAGAUAAGUAAAAAAUAACAAAUAAUUAAAGAGCAACAGUAAAUUAACAGUAGCAAGGCUAUAUACAGGGGAUACCGGUAGAGAGUCAAUGUGCGGGGGCACAGGUUAGUCAAGGUAAUUGAGGUAAAACGUACAUAUAGGUAGAGUUAAAGUGACUAUGCAUAGAUAAUAAAGAGAGUAGCAGCAGUAUAAAAGAGGGGUGGGGGGACAAUGCAAAUAGUCUGGGUAGCCGUUUGAUUAGCUGUUCAGGCUUGGGGGUAGAAGCUGUUAAGAAGCCUUUUGGACCUAGACUUGGCCCUCCGGUACCGCUUGCCAUGCGGUAGCAUAGAGAACAGUCUAUGACUAGGGUGGCUGGAGUCUUUGACAAUUUGUAGGGCCUUCCUCUGACACCGCCUGGUAUAGAGGUCCUGGAUGGCAGGAAGCUUGGCCCCAGUGAUGUACUGGGCCGUACGCACCACCCUCUGUAGUGCCUUGCGGUCGGAGGCUGAGCAGUUGACAUACCAGGCAGUGAUGCAACCAGUCAGGAUGCUCUCGAUGGUGCAGCUGUAUAACUUUUUGAGGAUCUGAGGACCCAUGCCAAAUCUCCUGAUGGGGAAUAGGUUUUGUUGUGCCCUCUUCACGACUGUUUGGUUUUUGGACCAGUAGUUUAUGGGAUGGACACCAGGAACUGCUCUAAAUGCUCCUGAUGGAAGAAUAGUCCACAAUGAUCUAUUUUGUAUAGGCUGUCUCAUCGUUGUCGGUGAUCAGGCCUACCACUGUUGUCGUCGGCAAACUUAAUGAUGGUGUUGGAGUGGUGCCUGGCCAUGCAGUCAUGGGUGAACAGGGAGUAUAGGAGGGGACUGAGCACGCACCCCUGAGGGGCCCCCGUGUUGAGGAUCAGCGUGGCAGAUGUGUUGUUACCUACCCUUACCACCUGGGGGCGGCCCGUCAGGAAAUCCAGGAUCCAGUUGCAGAGGGAGGUGUUUUAGUCCCAGGGUCCUUAGCUUAGUGAUGAGCUUUGAGGGCACUAUGGUGUUGAACACUGAGCUGUAGUCAAUGAACAGCAUUCUCACAUAGGUGUUCCUUUUGUCCAGGUGUGAAAGGGCAGUGUGGAGCGCAAUAGAGAUUGCGUCAUCUGUGGAUCUGUUAGGGCGGUAUGCAAAUUGGGGUGGGUCUAGGGUUUCUGGGAUAAUGGCUUUAAGUUACAGUUUUAAGUGGCCUUGUAGGCUACUGUGGCUAUUUAUCAUAAUGUAGGUCUACCAGAGUGGCCUACCAUCAAAAAACAAUGGAGAAAAUGCAUCCCUAAACAUUUUAAAUAGAAAUAUCUGGUUCCUGUCAAUUCAGCCUACAGGUACCAGCCAAUGUGUGGUGUUCAACGUAGACCUACAUUCCAUGAGACUUUUGAUAAAAACAUGCAGGGCUUGACAUUAACCCGUUUAUCCACUGGUCCUUCAGACAAGGUGGUGAUUGAAAAUGUUGUUGUGGUGUUUGAUGCAAGAAACCAAAAUACAACACUGCCACUUUAAGACAAGAAAAAGCUCUUUACCUGACUGGCUUUUCUAGAAAUGUACAACGUUUUGUGCUCUUGUAGAAAGCAAUCACUCCCCUAUUGCUGACUACAAAUGAUCUAUAACUGGGCUAAUAACUCACUAACUAGCAAAGGAUGUGAACAAAAUGUGCUCACGUGGCUACAUGCAGCUCUCUCUUUGAUCUCAAAACAAGCUCAUCUACUCACGACCGUUCAUGCUGUAAACACAGUCCAGUUCAAAGUACACGGCACGGAUCCAUAUAUGGCAAUGGUCUAUUUGCAUAUAGGCCUACUGCAGCUGUGAUUGGUUAUGCCGCCCCGGUCUGUGUAGAGUAGGGGCUGAGUAGUGCCGGUCUGUGUAGAGUAGGGGCUGAGUAGUGCCUGUCUGUGUAGAGUAGGGGCUGAGUAGUGCCGGUCUGUGUAGAGUAGGGGCUGAGUCGUGCCGGUCUGUGUAGAGUAGGGGCUGAGUCGUGCCGGUCUGUGUAGAGUAGGGGCUGAGUAGUGCCGGUCUGUGUAGAGUAGGGGCUGAGUAGUGCCGGUCUGUGUAGAGUAGGGGCUGAGUCGUGCCGGUCUGUGUAGAGUAGGGGCUGAGUCGUGCCGGUCUGUGUAGAGUAGGGGCUGAGUAGUGCCGGUCUGUGUAGAGUAGGGGCUGAGUAGUGCCGGUCUGUGUAGAGUAGGGGCUGAGUAGUGCCGGUCUGUGUAGAGUAGGGGCUGAGUAGUGCCGGUCUGUGUAGAGUAGGGGCUGAGUAGUGCCGGUCUGUGUAGAGUAGGGGCUGAGUCGUGCCGGUCUGUGUAGAGUAGGGGCUGAGUAGUGCCGGUCUGUGUAGAGUAGGGGCUGAGUAGUGCCGGUCUGUGUAGAGUAGGGGCUGAGUAGUGCCGGUCUGUGUAGAGUAGGGGCUGAGUCGUGCCGGUCUGUGUAGAGUAGGGGCUGAGUCGUGCCGGUCUGUGUAGAGUAGGGGCUGAGUAGUGCCGGUCUGUGUAGAGUAGGGGCUGAGUAGUGCCGGUCUGUGUAGAGUAGGGGCUGAGUCGUGCCGGUCUGUGUAGAGUAGGGGCUGAGUAGUGCCGGUCUGUGUAGAGUAGGGGCCGAGUCGUGCCGGUCUGUGUAGAGUAGGGGUCGUGCCGGUCUGUGUAGAGUAGGGGCCGAGUCGUGCCGGUCUGUGUAGAGUAGGGGCCGAGUCGUGCCGGUCUGUGUAGAGUAGGGGCCGAGUCGUGCCGGUCUGUGAGUAGGGGCGGUGGCGGUCUGUGUAGAGUAGGGGCUGAGGUGCCGGUCGUGGUAGAGUAGUAGGGCCGAGUAGUGCGGUCUGUGUAGAGUAGGGGCGAGUAUGCGGUGCUGUGCCGGUCUGUGUAGAGUAGGGGCUGAGUAGUGCCGGUCUGUGUAGAGUAGGGGCUGAGUAGUACGGCCUGUGUAGAGUAGGGGCUGAGUAGUGCGGUCUGUGUAGAGUAGGGCUGAGUGCCCUGUCAAUGAAUGAAUCACUCGGAUUCUUCCCACAACAAAAAUCUCUUGCGUAGUUUGAUUUGUUUCGGUAUGUUGCAUUGAAAAGGGCUAAUUUGCGUUGAUUCAAUCACAAUUGCCACAGUAAAGGGAAACGUUGAUAGUGUUAACUAACAGGGAAAACUCCUAGAAAGUUGAGUGAAGUUAAAUCUCGUGCUUCUCUGUGGGCUGAUAUUUCUUCUGCGCGGCGUGGAAGUCUUGGGGCUACUGCGCGCAGCUUAGAGUGAACAUUGACAGGGACGCUGGCCCAUGUUGACUCCAAUGCUUCCCACAGUUGUGUCAAGUUGGCUGGAUGUCUUUUGGGUGGUGGGCCAUUCUUGAUACACACAAAAAAACUGUUGAGCGUGGAAAAACCCAACAGCGUUGCAGGUCUUGACACAAACCGGUGCGCCUGGCACCUACUACCAUACCCCGUUAAAAGGCACUUGCAUUUUUUUCAACCUCUGAAUGACACACAUACACACAAUCCAUGUCUCCAUUUUUUUCAAGGCUUAAAAAUCAUAAUUUUAACCUGUCUCCUCCCCUUCAUCUACACUGAAGUGGAUUUAACAGGUGACAUCAAUAAGGGAUCAUAGCUUUCACCUGGUCAGCCCAUAUCAUGGAAAUGUUUUGUACACUCAGUAUAUAUUAUAUAUACACCGUGCUUACUGGCUGCUUUCAAUCAGAGGUGCUAAUGAACAUACUGAGCAUCAACUCUAAAUCAAGGCUGUCCAACCCUGUUCCUGGAGAGACACCCUCCUGUAGGUUUUCACUCCAACCCUGUUCCUGGAGAGACACCCUCCUGUAGGUUUUCACUCCAACCCUGUUCCUGGAGAGAUACUGUCCUGUAGGUUUUCACUCCAACACUAAUCUAGCGCACCUGUUUCUACUAAUUAGCUGGUUGAUGAGCAGAAUCAGGUUAGUUACAACUGGGGUAUCUCUCCAGGAACCGGGUUGGAGGGCCCCUGCUCUAACUCACAACAAAACCUCUUCUAUCUCUCUUCUAAGGUCACGGGGUGUUCUGCAUCGACGUGAAGCCCUGGAGAGGAACAGUGUCUUCCCGGCAGCAGAACUGGCACGUUCAGCUCAAAGAACGGGACCAAAACCUUACCAACACCUCCAUAGAACAGGUGGCAGACCCCCUUGAGGCCAUCAUGGUAAAUAGGUUACACCUUUAGACCAAAACAACGUAUCAGCCUGGAUACCAUCCUGCUGAGUCAAUCACAUAGACUAGUGGUCCGAAAGCAUAUGUAGCCUAGAUACCAUCCUGCUGAGUCAAUCACAUAGACUAGUGGUCCGAAAGCAUAUGUAGCCUAGCAUACAGUAUGAAGUCUGUAUCAGGGGCCCCCAAACUGUUUGGGGGCUGGGGACCCCCUUUUCUUGUGGUAGCAAAUUCAUCAGGGACCCCCUUCAUAACUUGAGUGAGAUAAAAAUGUUUUUUUCUAUGACUUUGGCAGUGCAUGUUCGGACAGAACAAGUCUCAGGCCCUGGGAAGGAACAUUUUAAAGGCUCACCUGUUGGCAUCGGAGAGAGUAUUUGGCAGUUUUCAAGCGAAUUUCCAGCAAUUCAUCAAAUUUUGUCAUGGGGCAGAGCGAUUUUGUUUUUUUUAUAUAUUUCUUUGUCGUUGUUACAGCUUUAAAGCUAAUAUCCUACAGCUCUACACAUUUUGCCAUGAGACAGAGAGAACUUAGCAGUUUUAAAUCUUAAAUUACAGUGCAUUUAUGUAGUCUCCCAGGUCCAUGUUGCCCAGGGUUUAAGAACAUAAGUUGUAGAUAAUAAUAAUAUAAUAUUGUAUUGUAUUGUAUUACACCCUGUAAACUUAUUCCACAGAUCCCUUGGCCAAAAUUCGUUAAAUCUGUUGUUAGUAAUAUUAAUGUAAAAAACUUUGAGGUGUUCUCAAAGUGGGGUCUGCGUACUGCAGGGGGUCCGCGGCCAGAUAACAACAUUUUAUAUGACAAUUUUUGAAUUUUGGCCCAUUCCUCCUGACAGAGCUGGUGUAACUGAGUCAGGUUUGUACACUACCGGUCAAAAGUUUGGACACACCUACUCAUUCAAGGGUUUUUCUUUAUUUUGACUAUUUUCUACAUUGUAGAAUAAUAAUGAAAGACAGUGUGCAAAGCUGUCAUCAAGGUGAAGAAUCUCAAAUAUAAAAUAUAUUUUGAUUUGUUUAACACUUUUUUUGGUUACUACAUGAUUCAUAUGUGUUAUUUCAUAGUUUUGAUGUCUUCACUAUUAUUCUACAAUGUAGAAAAUAGUAAAAAAUAAAGAAAAACCCUUGAAUAAGUAGAUGUUCUAAAAAUGUUGACCGAUAGUGUAUAUGUUUUUUUAUCUGGCCGCGGACCCCCUGCAGUACGCGGACCCCCUGCAGUACGCGGACCCCCUGCAGUACGCGGACCCCACUAUGAGAACCCCUCGCCUAGACAGCCUAAACAGCCGAGAACUGAUGGCGAUGUGGAGCCUAGUUGGAUGUGUAGCCUAGUUGGAUGCGUAGCCUAGUUGGAUGUGGAGCCUAGUUGGAUGUGGAGCCUAGUUGGAUGCGUAGCCUAGUUGGAUGUGGAGCCUAGUUGGAUGCGUAGCCUGGUUGGACGUGGAGCCUAGAUGGAUGUGGAGCCUAGUUGGACGUGGAGCCUAGUUGGAUGUGGAGCCUAGUUGGAUGUGGAGCCUAGUUGGAUGUGGAGCCUAGUUGGAUGUGGAGCCUAGUUGGAUGUGGAGCCUAGUUGGAUGUGGAGCCGAGUUGGAUGUGGAGCCUAGUUGGAUGUGGAGCCUAGUUGGAUGUGGAGCCGAGUUGGAUGUGGAGCCUAGUUGGAUGUGGAGCCGAGUUGGAUGUGAGCUAGGUUGGAUUGUGGAGACUAGUGGAUGUGGAGCGAGUGGAUGUGGAGCCUAGUUGGACGUGGAGCCUAGAUGGUGGAGCCGAGUUGGAUGUGAGCAUUUGCGGUCUGGCACUUAAUUCUGCCAGCCAAGCUCCGACCGCCUCUUAUCCAACCUCUGCCCCAACGUAGCAUCGACAGCAGGGGUGUUUAUUUCGCCCCGCGGGCCGCCUGCGGUCUUCACCGAGGUCCGGAGGGCCGCACUUAAAAUGGAUUAGAUUUCCUCUAUCCAUCGCUUCUUUUUUCUGGAGUUUUCUAUGCUCUCUGACUGAUCAGCUCUCGUUUCCAUGACCGUUAGGAAGCUGGACAGAGAAGAAGACUAUAAAUGUCGGUCCAUUAUCAUUUCUACACAGUUUCAUAUUUGGUUUUGGUCAUUUCAAUGUUGAUUGAGAUCCGUUUUUUUUCCCCCCCUGGAUUGAAUGGGCUCGCGGACCAGAUCUGGCCCGUAUGUUUUGACACCCCUGAGGGCCUGAUCUACAGUGUAUGGAAAUGAGUGACUCCUAUCCUGCCCUGAUAGACAGGGGUGACAGCUGUGUUGAAGCACCUGUUUUCCCCCCUCUAUAAAACAUAAUUACAGCCGUUCAAAAUCAAGAGGCCCCUACUUUGGGAGGGAAUUUACCGAACCCUGCUCUGCUGUAGUGUUAAUCAACUAAUUUACAUGUAAAUGUGUGACUCUGACUCGGUCAAGGUCCAGGACAAAGCAGACGUUUAGAUUGGUCCAAAACAAGUCAGUCAGAUCUUUUUGAAACUACAGCUUGGUUUAGAAGGAUAUUUGAUCAUCAAAUCCUUGCAAUGGUGAAUUUGGGGGUAACAUCAUUUUCCUAAACUGUGCUUUCCAUUUCCACUGUGUUUCAGAAGAACAUUACCCACUGAAUGAGUCAUUAUUUGUGGUUGUUACAGCGCUGAUAAAAAUGUAGCUUCACUGCUUGCUGAAGAAUACUAUACUUGAAAGACUUGCUAAUGAAUAGGCCUAUGAUUAUUAGCUAAUGAUUAUUAACUAAGCUGGUUCCACCAUUGGGGUGCCAGGACAGAGAAGAGCUUGGACUGGGCUGAGGGGGAGCUGCCCUCCCAUUGGGGUGCCAGGACAGAGAAGAGCUGGGACUGGGCUGAGCGGGAGCUGCCCUCCCAUUGGGGUGGGAGGGCCAAGAGACCAGAGGUGGUAGAACGGAGUGCUCUGGUUGGGGUGUAGGGUUGGACCAUAGCCUGAAGGUAGGGAGGGGCAGUUCCUCUUGCUGCUCCGUAGGUAAGCACCAUGGUCUUGUAGUGGAUGGGAGCUUCGACUGGAAGCCAGUGGAGUGUGCGGAGGAGUGGGGUGACGUGGGAGAACUUGGGAAGUUUGAAAACCAGGGGGGUUACAGCGUUCUAGAUAAGUUGCAGGGGUUUGAUGGCACAAGCGGGGAGCCCAGCUAACAGCUAGUUGCAUUAGUCCAGACGGGAGAUGACAAGUGCCUGGAUUAGGACCUGUGUGAGGCAGGGUCGUACUCUACAGAUGUUGUAGAGCAUGAACCUGCACGAGCAAGUCACUGCCUUGAUGUUUGCAUAGAACGACACGGUGUUGUCCAGGGUCAUGCCAAGGUUCUUUGCGCUCUGGGAGGGGGACACCGUGGAGUUGUCAACUGUGAUGGAGAGGUCUUGGAGCGGGCAGUCCUUCCCCGGGAGGAAGAGCAGCUCCGUCUUGUCAAGGUUGAGCUUGAGGUGGUGGGCCGACAUCCAAGCUGAGAUAUCUGCCAGGCACGCAGAGAUGCAUGUCGACCAACUGGGUGUCAGAAGGGGGGGGGAUGGAGAAAAGCAGUUGAGUGUCGUCUGCAUAGCAAUGAUAGGAGAGACCAUGUGAGGAUAUGACGGAGCCCAGUGACUUGGUGUAUAGAGGGAAGAGGAGAGGAUCUAGAACCGAGCCCUGGGGGACACCAGUCGUGAGAGGACGUGGUGUGGAGACAGAUCCUCUCCACGUCCCCUGGUAGGAGCGGCCUGCCAGGUAGGAUGCACCCAAGAGUGUGCAGAGUCUGAGACACCCAGCCCUGAGAGGGUGGAGAGGAGGAUGUGAUGGAUCACUGUGUCGAAAGCAGUGGAUAGAUCUAGGAGGAUGAGAACAGAGGAGCGUGAGUCAGCUUUGGCAGUGCGGAGAACCUCCGUGACACAGAGAACAGCAGUCUCGGUUGAGUGACCCGUCUUGAAGCCAGACUGGUUAGGGUCAAGAAGAUCGUUCUGAGAGAGUUGGUCAGAGACCAAGUGUUUUGCUCAAGUGUUUUGGAAAGAAAAGAAAGAAGGGAUACAGGUCAGUAGUUUCUGACGUCAGAGGGAUGGAGUGUUGGUUUCUUGAGGAGGGGAGCGACUGGCCAUUUUGAAGUUAGAGGGUCAGCCAGGGGUCAGGGAUGAGUUGAUGAGGUAAGUGAAGGUCUCCAGAGAUGGUCUGGAGAAGGCAGGAGGGGAUGGGGUGGAGCGGGCAGGGUUGUCGGGCGGCCAGACCUCACUAGUCGCAGGAUUUCAUCUGGAGAGAGAGGGGAGAAAGAGGUCAAGGCGUAGGGUAGUUAUGUGUAAGUGAGACCAAUGGACUCAAUAGGCUGAGUGAAUGAGGAGCGGAUGUCGUCAACCUUCUUUUCAAAGACGUCCACAGAGAGGAGGGGGGGGGGGGGGUGAAGGAUUGAGGAAUGGGAGUUAUAGGCCUACUCAGGCUGGUUAUAGGCAGACUAUCACAUUCAACUUAUAGUUUUCUGUUGGACCCGGUCUCUUGAAAAAUAGAUUUUAUCUCAAUGAGAAAAACCUGUAUAAAUAAAAGUUAAAUAGAAAAUAAAUAAAAAACCAAAGCCUAUAUCCCAUCUAUCCUAUUUAACAACAUAAAACUAAAGCACUGAUCAUGAGAUCAAUGAGAUCAGAAUGACUGCUAAGGUUUGAUCCAUCAAUUCAAUUAUAAAAUACAGUUGAAGUCUGAAGUUUACAUAACACAUUUCUUGUUAACAAACUAUAUAGUUUUGGCAAAUUGGUUAGGACAUCUACUUUGUGCGUGACACAAGUCAUUUUUCCAACAGUUUUUUUUACAGACAGAUUAUUUCAUUUAUAAUUCACUGUAUCACAAUGCCAGUGGGUCAGAAGUUUACAUACACUAAGUUGACUGUGCCUUUUAAACAGCUUGGAAAAUUCCAGAAAAUGAUGUCAUGGCUUUAGAAGCUUCUGAUAGGCUAAUUGACAUCAUUUGAGUCAAUUGGAGGUGUACCUGUGGAUGUAUUUCAAGGCCUACCUUCAAACUCAGUGCCUCUUUGCUUGACAUCAUGGGAAAAUCAAAAGAAAUCAGCCAAGACCUCAGAAAAAGAAUUGUAGACCUCCACAAGUCUGGUUCAUCCUUGGGAGCAAUUUCCAACGCCUGAAGGUACCACGUUCAUCUGUACAAACAAUAGUACGCAAGUAUAAACACCAUGGGACCACGCAGCCGUCGUACCGCUCAGGAAGGAGACGCGAGAUGAACAUACUUUGGUGCGAAAAGUGCAAAUCAAUCCCAGAACAACAGCAAAGGACCUUGUAAAGAUGCUGGAGGAAACAGGCACAAAAGUAUCUAUAUCCACAGUAAAACGAGUCCUAUAUCGACAUAAACUGAAAGGCCGCUCAGCAAGGAAGAAGCCACUGCUCCAAAACCGCCAGACUACAGUUUGCAACUGCACAUGGGGACAAAGAUUGUACUUUUUGGAGAAAUGUCCUUUGGUCAGAUGAAACAAAAAUAGAACUGUUUGGCCAUAAUGACCAUCAUUAUGUUUGGAGGAAAAAGGGGGACUCUUGCAAGCCGAAGAACACCAUCAUGCUGUGGGGGUGCUUUGCUGCAGGAGGGACUGGUGCACUUCACAAAAUAGAUGGCAUCAUGAGGAAGGAAAAUGAUGUGGAUAUAUUGAAGCAACAUCUCAAGACAUCAGUCAGGAAGUUAAAACUUGGUCGCAAAUGGGUCUUCCAAAUGGACAAUGACCCCAAGCAUACUUCCAAAGUUGUGGCAAAAUGGCUUAAGGACAACAAAGUCAAGGUAUUGGAGUGGCCAUCACAAAGCCCUGACCUCAAUCCUAUAGAAAAUGUGUGGGCAGAACUGAAAAAGCGUGUGCGAGCAAGGAGGCCUACAAACCUGACUCAGUUACACCAGCUCUGUCAGGAGGAAUGGGCCAACAUUCACCCAACUUAUUGUGGGAAGCUUGUGGAAGACUAACCAAAACGUUUGACCCAAGUUAAACAAUUUAAAGUCAAUGCUACCAAAUACUAAUUGAGUGUAUGUAAACUUCUGACCCACUGGGAAUGUGAUGAAAGAAAUAAAAGCUGAAAUAAAUCAUUCUCUCUACUAUUAUUCGGACACUUCACAUUCUUAAAAUAAAAGUGGCGAUCCUAACUGACCUAAAACAGGGGAAUUUUUUACUAGGAUUAAAUGUCAGGAAUUGUGAAAAACUGAGUUUAAAUGUAUUUGGCUAAGGUGUAUGUAAACUUCCGACUUCAACUGUAUUGUAUCUAUAUUCCCUCCAGACCAAGACAGCUAACCUGUGGCAGUACAUGAGGAGGAGCGGGGUGUCGGUGCGUCAGGAGCUCUUCCUUCCCAGACUAGUCUUCCUCGCCCCAGACUGCCAGCUGGAUGAAGAGUUGAGGAAGAGGAGGGAGCUGGUCUCCCACAGUCAGAUCGAUGAGUUCCUGCGCUCCUUCAGAGAGGGCUAUGUAGCCUGGAUAUCAGAUGCACUCACUCCUGCCUGGCUGUCUGGUGAGUGGAGGAAGCAUUAAGGGUUUCUGAGUCACAAAUACUUUUUUAAAACAAAAAUGGAUACCUUGAAUAGACAGAUGUGCACCUUACUGUAGUCCUGAAGGUAGACAUUUGCAUGUGUUUUUAAGUGUCUUUGGGAAAAAGCACUUUAUAAAUGCUGUUUGUUGUUGUUGUUGUUAUUAUUAUUGUUGUUGUUGUUUCUCCCUGUCCUGCAGGUCACCUGUCGUACGGUCAGACAGGGGAGCUGAAACAAGUCCUGAGGAAAAUGGGGACCUGGGACCUGGUCAGACUGCAGGGAGGAGAGCAGCUCAAGGUGGCUUUUUACAACCCAACGGAAACAAUAAUAUCUGCCAUUUAACAGACGCUUUUAUCCUAAUCCACUAACAGUCGUGUGUGCAAACAUUUUUGAAGUAUAGGUGGCCCCGGGAAUCGAACCCACAAUCCUGGCAUUGCAAGGGCCAUGCUCUACCAACUGAGUGAUACAGGACCACCAUAACCUUCUAUUCGUCUAUUUUAUUAAUACAAGUAAUAAGCAGGCCAACACUACUUUAUCUAGUGCUGUUCUGAAACCCAAAGACACCGUUAUUACCUUCUUUAAAAAAAAAUUGUUUUAUCUCUGUUGUUUUUAUAAUUUUACUGUGAAAUGUGUCAUGAUUUUAAAUGCAGUUUUAAAAUGAAGUUUGUCUGUACUUGGUUUGAAGGGAGACUACCAGAGCUGUCCCUACAUCGCACUGAACCGCCAGGAGACGGACACCAUGGAGUUCUUCAAGAUCAAAACCAUGUCUGCUAAUUCACUGUGGGCUCUGCUGGGACACGCCCCUCAGGUUAGUGUCAGAGCACCCGCCCCCCGCCGCCGUCGUCAUGACAACCAGCACACGACAUUUGAGAUGUGGACUGGUUGUGCCGUUCUGAUUCCGCUCGCUCCGUCGUCAUGACAACCAGGACACGACAUUGAGAUGUGGACUGGUUGUGCUGUUCUGAUUCCGCUCACUCCGUCGUCAUGACAACCAGCACACGACAUUUGAGAUGUGGACUGGUUGUGCCGUUCUGAUUCCGCUCACUGACUGAAAGACCAACACAAGGGCUUAGACAGGGGAGGGUCUGGCUCUGCAACUCCUUGGACAGACUAGGAUCUGAGUCAGUGCACAGAAGCCUGAAAAGCCUGUGUUAGGGAUUGGGUCUUACCAUAUUGGCCACUUUCUCUAGAUACUGUCUCACAGUUUGUUUUUUUUUCUCUGAAAUUACAGUACACCACUUGAGAAUAUAAUAGGUGAAACUAGAACGUUAAGCUACAAGCGGAGGGCACUGCCACGGCAAAGUCCUGCAAAAGAGAAAUCGACUAACUGUACUAGACAAGAUCCCCUGGAGAUGGAGCCAGUACAUAGAAAUACUUAUUUACGUCAUUUUAGCAGACGCUCUUAUCCAGAGCGACUUACAGUUAGUGAGUGCAUACAUUUUUCAUACUGGCCCCCCUGUGGGAAACGGACCCACAACCCUGGCGUUGCAAACGCCAUGCUCUACCAACUGAGCUACACGGGGCCAUUUCAUUCUAAGUGCAUUAAAUAGCAAGAUGGAUCUGAAAAUGAAUGCCUUUUUUCAAAGUAAAAGUUGAAUGAUUUCCAGGCCCAUGUUAAUCAGAGUAACACCCUUUGUUUCCCAACCUUCCCUCCCUCCUUCCACAUUCACUUCCCUCACUCCGCUGUAUGGAAAUACGUUCUCAGAUCUCUCCACAUUAACAUUGGCAUGCUGCGUGUUAAUUACUCACUUACUGGCCUUUUCUCUUUCAUUCUCUCUCUCUCGAUCACUCCCUCUCUCGCUGCUAAGACGCUCAUUAACUCAACACAAUUGGUUGUAGUAGGAGGUAAUUGCAUGUAAACGCUGCUGUCUAAAAGCUGCAUUCUAGAUUUGAUUUGUUUGUUUCAGGGAAAGGUAAUUGAUUGAUUUGACUAAUGAAGUAAAUGCAGGUGGCAUUAGUCACUCUGACAGAGUGCUUAGGGACCCUAACUGCUGUAUUGUGAUGUAACAGGAAUUAAAUUACAUUUCCAACUAUGAAAUUCACACAACAUAUUGCAGUGGUUACUUCAUUUUUUAAAAUGAUAUUUGCUCAGUUGGCAGCAUAUUAAAAUUGCAUCCAAAUUAUGUUGAAAUAUUUCUGCUUCUUGGUUCAGAUUUCCGACUUUAUUGUCCGUGUUACGACGAACAACAGGAAAUGUGUUUUAUAGAUGAUAUAGCUGUUUUGAGGGAAGUCGAGGCUAGGGCUGUGGCGGUCACGACGUGUCGUCAGCCGGUGAUUGGUCAAGCAAAUAACUGUCGGUCUGACCGUUAAUUAACAUAAACACAUUUAGCAUCUCCUGGCUUCCACCCAUAGCCUUCAAUUUGAGGGAGUGCGCACGUGACUAUUCUGUGUUGAGCGGUUAACAAAGAAGCAGGUCCUCCUAUAUGGUUAAUUUAGAGUUAUUAAUGUAACUUUAGUUGUUCUACAAACGUUGGGCUAAAUGUUUAGAUUUUUAAUACAUUGUAAGGCUGCAUGAUGUGAAAAAAGUUGUUUGAAAGGCAUGAGCUCUGCUUUGUUUUUUGUGCAGGCUGCACACACUUCAUCAAUCUCUCAUUCACAAUUUGACAAGCACUUGAUAAUGCCUCGAAUUUCACGGCGGCAUCCCCUUUGUGUGGCCGUAAUGCACCCUAAGAAAAUCCAUGCCUUUUGUGGCCGUUGUGCCGUUCUCCCUGAGUGCUGCGCGCUCCGAAGCACCUCUAACUCACACGGCUCUCCAUCACGUGAUCGGGUCUUCCUCACAGGCUACAAGUGAAGACAGACACAUCAGGGACUCAACUGCGCGCGUCCUUAUCCAAUUCCAAGGCGCAUAUUGAAGAUAUUGGAAGAACUGUCCACAUUUACUUUUCAUCAGCCAACAAGAUGAGUCGGCCUAACGAACAGCAAAAGCACUAGCCUAUGUCAAUCUACUAUCCCCCAGAGUACAAAGGUCGACCUAUUCUAUUCUGUGAGAGAAAUAAAUAUUCCAAACAUAGUCUGGGACAGUUGUGGGAUGCGAUAGAUCCCAAAUUAAUAUAACCACUAGCAUCAACUUUUUUACGCAACGGAUUACAACGUUUAGCUUAAAAUGUUGAUAAACUAUUAGGCUAUUUCUUCACAUUAUAAGCGCAGCAAUGCGCACACGGCAGUAGGCUAUAAGUGUGAAGGUCACAUUAGCAGGAAAACACCAUUCUCAAAAGUGACUGCAAAUGCAAUUAUGCUUUUUAAUGCUUUUAAGGUAAAUGAUCUUCCCCAAACUUGAAACUCACACACUGCUUAUGUAUGCCAGUUAGGCUCUACACCCCUUGUAAAGCGGAUGAAUGUGCUUAAUUUUAAGAAGUUAUUUGGCCACUUUAGUUGUGAUACAAGCCUUAUUAAAACAUAUAGGCCUAUGGGCUAGGCUACAUGAGGUGUGCCACUAUGAUUAGAACCAGUACAUAUAAAAGGCCAUGCUCUGUUUCUCGCCUUAAUGCACACAAGCUGGGCAUCACUCACAAGUGAUUUCGAACAAGUCGCAAAAAAAAAGGCAUUGUUUCUUAUGCAGGGCAUCAUUCACAAGGGAUAAUAUAUCAUUCACAAGUGACAGGCUAAUAUUCUCACCCAUCAGACCUUUCUUGAUUUCAUCUCGUCUUUAGAUAUACUAAAUAAUAUAUGUGUGAAAUUUGUUUUGAUUUAGAAUGGACCGUUAUCAUGCACAUGUAUUGAAACAGGGUCAGGGGAAAAAAUACAUGUCAUCUAUGCACUUAAAUAGCGAAUGGAGGACGCUUAUCCCCGUGGUUUAUUUUCAUGCCAGCCAGGUAGGCUGUACUCCUGUUGUAAAGAGAAGCAAUGUGCUUAAUAUUAGGAAAGUUGAGAAAUAAAUAUAGUAGGCCUAGCCUAUAGACAGCUGAUGGGAUCCUCCUCUUUUUAAUAGAGGCCAUCACUCUGUUUUCUCACGCAAUUGCAUAGCCUAUAGAAAUGUUGCGCAACAUGAGCUCAUGGGCUCUCAUGAAGUGUUUGAUUAGAUUUUGUAUUACAUUUGCAUUGAUGUCAGAGUGAUUAGAGGGCCAAUAGAGUGCUGAGUGCCAGGCAGUUAGCAAGUUUGGUAGGCUACUAAUGACCAUCAGCAGCAUCAGAGCUUGGAGAAGCCUAAUUACCGUGACUAAACAGGUCAUGUGGAAUUUGACUGCCUUCGUGACUCGUGACCGCCGGUGGUGUGGCGGUAAUACAGCCACCGUAACAGCCCUAAUCAAGGGUACACAUUGAUCAGAAGUCACAACAUACUGGGUCCAGUGACAUGACAUUGAUCAGAGGUCCCUGAUCAAUGGGCGGCAGGUAGCUUAGUGGGUAAGAGCGUUGUGCCAGUAACUGAAAGGUCGCUGGUUCUAUUCCCCGAGCCGACUAGGUGAAAAAUCUGUCGAUGUGCCCUUAAGCAAGGCACUUAACCCUAAUUGCUCCUGUAAGUCGCUCUGGAUAAGAGCGUCUGCUAAAUGACUAAAAUGUAAAAAUGUCCCGACAUACUGGGUCCAGUGACCAUGACAUUGAUCAGAGGUCACGACAUACUGGGUCCAGUGACCAUGACAUUGAUCAGAGGUCACGACAUACUGGGUCCAGUGACCAUGACAUUGAUCAGAGGUCACGACAUACUGGGUCCAGUGACCAUGACAUUGAUCAGAGGUCACGACAUACUGGGUCCAGUGACCAUGACAUUGAUCAGAGGUCACGACAUACUGGGUCCAGUGACCAUGACAUUGAUCAGAGGUCACGACAUACUGGGUCCAGUGACCAUGACAUUGAUCAGAGGUCACGACAUACUGGGUCCAGUGACCAUGACAUUGAUCAGAGGUCACGACAUACUGGGUCCAGUGACAUGACAUUGAUCAGAGGUCACGACAUACUGGGUCCAGUGACCAUGACAUUGAUCAGAGGUCACGACAUACUGGGUCCAGUGACCAUGACAUUGAUCAGAGGUCACGACAUACUGGGUCCAGUGACCAUGACAUUGAUCAGAGGUCACGACAUACUGGGUCCAGUGACCAUGACAUUGAUCAGAGGUCACGACAUACUGGGUCCAGUGACCAUGACAUUGAUCAGAGGUCACGACAUACUGGGUCCAGUGACCAUGACAUUGAUCAGAGGUCACGACAUACUGGGUCCAGUGACCAUGACAUUGAUCAGAGGUCACGACAUACUGGGUCCAGUGACCAUGACAUUGAUCAGAGGUCACGACAUACUGGGUCCAGUGACCAUGACAUUGAUCAGAGGUCACGACAUACUGGGUCCAGUGACCAUGACAUUGAUCAGAGGUCACGACAUACUGGGUCAUGACCUUUACAAAGGCUUCCAUUACAGAUGUAGCCUACACCCAUCUCCAGAGCUGCUGACCUGGACACACACUCACUCACACACACACACACUCACACACACACACACACACUGUACGCGGCCCUACCAGCCCUUCCACUCGAUACAGGCCCCAGCUGUCAUCAGACUAGUCUCCAGUGGGUCCUGCCCCAGGGGGCCUCGCUGUGUUACAACAUAUUAUAUUUUCAACUAAAUAUUAGUAAAUGGAGGCUGAAUGGCCAUCCAUCAUAAGGCAUAAGGAAACCCACCUUACACACACACACACACACACACACACACACACAUCAUCCAUAUGUCACAAAGAAACAUGACACUCCUAUGAUAGAUACCCUAGAAUGUAUGCCUUGAGGAAAGGCCCCCUGCCUUGUUACGUCCGUCUUGCUUACUGGGCGUUGUGAUCCAUCAGUGCUUUCUCAGCUCUACUCAGAGACUGGAUGACAAGGCACCUCAUUGUCACCCUGUUCCUGUCAGAAUAUACAGGGGUCGUCAGGGAAGAUCUAGUCAAUGAUGUUUUCUCACAGCUGGUCUUUUUACAGAGCCACUUAGGAAAUAUCAUCUCAUAAAAGAAACAGAGUAUUUAGAAAAUGUUCAGUGAUUUUAUUUUUUAUAUGAUGCUAUUUGUAUUUAUUUUUUACAGUCCAUAAAUGAAUGAAUGGAGCUCUUGAAAUAUAAUAUUAUUAAUAAACGAAGUAGCGAGUUUGCUAAUAUCAUAAUAUCCUCAUAAUACAUUAUAUUUAUAUAAUAUAAAUGGCAAUGAAUAGCUUUUCCAUUAGGAAACCUCCAUGCUACAAAUGUAAUUAUCCCGUCAGUGUGUUCAGUCCCUUUCUCCAACAGGCAGCACAGCUCUUAAAUCUCUUAGGUGGUUUGGACCAGCUGCUCAGGGUGGAUAGAGUGGUGCUGAGAUACCCGGUGUCUCCCCCAGACCCGGUUUCAGACCCGGUGUCUCCCCCAGACCCGGUUUCAGACCCGGUGUCUCCCCCAGACCCGGUUUCAGACCCGGUGUCUCCCCCAGACCCGGUUUCAGGUUUCAGACCCGGUGUCUCCCCCAGACACGGUUUCAGGUUUCAGACCCGGUGUCUCCCCCAGACCCGGUUUCAGGUUUCAGACCCGGUGUCUCCCCCAGACCCCGUUUCAGACCCGGUGUCUCCCCCAGACCCGGUUUCAGGUUUCAGACCCGGUGUCUCCCCCCAGACACGGUUUCAGGUUUCAGACCCGGUGUCUCCCCCAGACCCGGUUUCAGGUUUCAGACCCGGUGUCUCCCCCAGACCCCGUUUCAGACCCGGUGUCUCCCCCAGACCCCGUUUCAGAUUAUAUUAUGAUAUCCCCCAGACCCCGUCUCAGAUCCUGUAGAUUACAACCUAAGCAAUCUUCUUUAUUCAUUCAUUCAUUUACAUAUUUAGCAGACGCUCUUAUCUAGAGCGACUUACAGGAGCAAUUAGGGUUAAGUGCCUUGCUCAAGGGCACAUCAACAGAUUUUUCACCUAGUCGGCUCAGGGAUUAGAACCAGCGACCUUUCGGUUACUGGCACAACGCUCUUAACCACUAAGCUACCUGCCGUGAAGUGUGUGGGGGUGGGGGGGCUCCAGUAAUUUCAUAAAAAAACGAAAAGCAUUUUUCAACAGAUGAAAAUUGUGGUGGAAAUUACCAUCGUUUUUCAGAUUUCUCAUAAUUGGAAUAUAGCUCUUCAAAGAAAAGGCUGUGAUUUGAAAUAAUUUGCUCCAGAGUGAGUGUGUGUGUGUGUGUAGGAAGCCCUUGCUCCAGAGUGUGUGUGUAGGAAUCCCCUUGAGAAAGCGAGCUGCGUAUUACACAAGACGAAGAGCGCGGCAGAAUCCCAGGCGUCUGUACUGAACUAGCUCUGCAGCACAAUGCCCACUCACUCGGCAACCAGACCAGUGAUGAACGCUACCUUGUAACAGUUGGGGUGAUUUAAAAAAAAUAACUUUUGUCAUUCUAUUAUCUCUGCUGAGCUCCAAGCCACAGUGAAGAGUACCGUGGAGAGAUCCCAUGUCCGUCCGUAGGAAGAUGACUCAAUAGGCCCACCGUGUAUUCAGUCGAGCCACCCCCUUGUAAUAAGUACUAUGCCAUCAUUCUCAAGCACUCUUUUUUGUUCAUUUGGUGAAACAUUAACAUGUGGAAAUCAUGUUUUAUAUUUAACACAAGGGUUAGAAGAUGAGGACAUCUGCAGUUGUAAUCAGAAUUGACUAUUAAUAUAUUUGAAUUUUUUUUUUUUUUUUUGCCCUCAAAAUUCUCUUUCCAUUCGUAAUGAAACGAGGUUUCCUGGGAUGUGUGUGGCGUGGGAUGUGGUUUCCUGGGAUGUGUGUGGCGUGGGAUGUGGUUUCCUGGGAUGUGUGUGGCGUGGGAUGUGGUUUCCUGGGAUGUGUGUGGCGUGGGAUGUGGUUUCCUGGGAUGCUUGGUUUGCCUGGGAUGGUGUGUGGGCGUGGGAUGUGGUUUCCAUGGGAUUGGGUGUGGGCGUGGGAUUUUGGUUUCCAUGGGCAUGGUGUGUGGCGUGUGGAUGUGGUUUCCCUGGGAUGUGUGUGGCGUGGGAUGUGGUUUCCUCCUGGGGAGAUGUGGUGGCGUUGGGAUGGUGGUUUCCCUGGGAUGUGUGUGGCGUGGGAUGUGGUUUCCUGGGAUGUGAUGUGGCGUGGGAUGUGGUGUCCUGGGAUGUGUGUGGCCGUGGGAUGUGGUUUCCUCCUGGGAUGUGUGUGGCGUGGGAUGGUGGUUUUCCUGGGAUGGUGUGGCGUGGGAGUGUUCCGUUUCUGGAUGUGUGUGGCGUGGGAUGAGGUUUUCCUGGUAUGUGUGUGGCGUGGGAUGUUGGUUUACUGGGAUGUUGUGUGGCGUGGGGAUGGAGGUUUCCUUGGAUGGUGUGUGGCGUUGGAGAGGAGGUUUCCUGGUGAUGUGUGUGGCGUGGUGAUGAGGUUUCCUCCUGGGAUUGGUGUGGCGUGGGAGGAUGGUUUCCUGGGAUGGUGUGUGGCGUGGGAUGAGGUUUCCUGGGAUGGUGUUGGCGUGGGAUGGAGGUUUCCUGGGAUGUGUGUGGCGUGGGGUGAUGGGUUUCCUGGGAUGUGUGUGGCGUGGGAUGUGGUUUCCUGGGAUGUGUGUGGCGUGGGAUGUGGUUUCCUGGGAUGUGUGUGGCGUGGGAUGUGGUUUCCUGGGAUGUGUGUGGCGUGGGAUGUGGUUUCCUGGGAUGUGUGUGGCGUGGGAUGUGGUUGUACAACUAGAUCAAUAAAAUGUGCUGUGAAUGUAAUGAAAUGCCUGCAAUAUAGAGUUACACCAGUCCUUGUAUUGGCUACUUUUCCAAGUAGUGUAUUUAUAUAUUUCUGCCAAGACCACCAGCUCUAAAUGAAUUGUGUGUGUGUGUGUGUGUGUGUGUGUCAUAUCCAAUAUUCUACCCGUGUCCAGGGGCCACAGUCACAUACAGUGCAUUCGGAAAGUAUUCAGACCCCUUGACAUUUUCCACAUUUUGUUAUGUUACAGCCUUAUUCUAAAAAAAAAAUUUUUCCCUCAUCAAUCUACACACACAAUACCCCGUAAUGACAAAUCAGAACCAGGUUUUUAGAAACUUUUGCAAUCGUAUAAAAUACAAAAAAAUGGAAAUGACAUUUACAUAAGUAUUCAGACCCUGUACUUUGUUGAAGCACCUUUGGCAGCGAUUACAGCCUCGAGUCUUCUUGGGUAUGACGCUACAAGCUUGGCACACCUGUAUUUGGGGAGUUUCUCGUAUUCCUCUCUGCAGAUCCUCUCAAGCUCUGUCAGGUUGGAUGGGGAGCGUCGCUGCACAGCUAUUUUCAGGUCUCUCCGGAGAUGUUCGAACAGGUUUGAGUCCGGGCUCUGACUUGGCCACUCAAGGACGUUGAGAGAUUUGUCCCGAAGCCACUCCUGCGUUGUCUUGGCUGUGUGCUUAGGGUCGUUGUCCUGUUGGAAGGUGAACCUUCGCCCCAGUCUGAGGUCCUGAGCACUCUGGAGCAGGUUUUCAUCAAGGAUCUCUCUAUACUUUGCUCUGUUCAGCUUUCCCUCGAUCCAGACUAGUCUCCCAGUCCCCACAGCUGAAAAACAUCCCCACAGCAUGAUGUUGCCACCACCAUGCUUCACCGUAGGGAUGGUGCCAGGUUUCCUCCAGGCGUGACGCUUGGCAUUCAGGCCAAAGAGUUCAAUCUUGGUUUCAUCAGACCAGAGAAUCGUGUUUCUCAUGGUCUGAGAGUCCUUUAGGUGCCUUUUGGCUAACUCCAAGCGGGCUGUCAUGUGCCUUUUUACUGAGGAGUGGCUUCCGUCUGGCCACUCUACCAUAAAGGCCUGAUUGGUGGAGUGCAGCAGAGAUGGUUGUCCUUCUGGAAGGUUCUCCCAUCUCCACAGAGGAACUCUAGACCUCUGUCAAAGUGACCAUUUGGGUUCUUGGUCACCUCCCUGACCAAGGCCUUUCUCCCCCAAUUGCUCAGUUUGGCCGGGCGGCCAGCUCUAGGAAGAGUCUUGGUGGUUCCAAACUUCUUCCAUUUAAGAAUGAUGGAGGCCACUGUGUUCUUGGGGACCUUCAAUGCUGCAGAAAUGUUUUGGUACCCUUCCCCAGAUCUGUGCCUUGACACAACCCUGUCUCGGAGCUCUACGGACAAUUCCUUCAAUCUCAUGGCUUGGUUUUUGCUCUGACAUGCACUGUCAACUGUGGGGCCUUAUAUAGACAGGUGUGUGCCUUUCCAAAUCAUGUCCAAUCAAUUGAAUUUACCACAGGUGGACUCCAAUAAAGUUGUAUAAACAUCUGAAGGAUGAUCAAUGGAAACAGGAUUCACCUGUGCUCAAUUUCGAGUCUCAUAGCAAAGGGUCUGAAUAGUUAUUUAAAUGUGAUAUUUCUUUAUUUAAAUUUUAAAUUUACUAACAUUUCUAAAAACUUGUUUUUGCUUUGUCAUUAUGGGGUAUUGUGUAUAGAUUUGAGGGGGAAAAAACCAUUUAAAUCAAUUUUAGAAUAAGGCUGUUGCUUAACAAAAUGUGGAAAGAGUCAAGGGGUCUGAAUACUUUCCGAAUGCACUGUAUAUCAAAACAAUCUGUGUUGUAACGUUUUUGUUAUGAGUUGGUGAUGUCACACUCUCUGCAUGUCCCCCUGCCUAUGGGCCCUGGUCAAAAGUAGUGCACUAAAUAGGCCAUUUGGGACGCACCCUAGAUUCUAAUUCAGAACCCUGUUUCCCAUCUGUUAUGGUUAUGUUGAAUCCCAGAUAAACCAGUUAGCAGACACUUUGGCCCGUUGUCUGUUGUCUUGAUAAUCAGCCUUAAUAACGCUGGGCAUCAAUAUGCUCUUUUUUAAACCCCAUUUUGCUUUAGUUAAUGGAGUCACAGAGAGGUUUGUCAGUGAAUGCACCGGGGUUAACAACAUUAAGACAUGUUUGUGAAGGGCUAAAUGAAAUCAGUGCUAGAUUUGUAGCUCUCUCAAGUCCAGUCAAGCCAGACGACCAGACAACCCCCCCAUUGAAGAGAGAAAAAGGGGGACGUUCAUAUUUUAACGUCUCACAGAAAUGCACUUAUGUUGUAGAGACAUAAAGUAAGUGGUCUGGGUCUGGGAAUGGAUCUAAAAUAGUUAUUGGUGCUAGCUGGUCCUCUAAUGGCUUCCGGCUGGUCCUGUUGUUAGCCCUGUUACGUCAUCAUUUAUGCUGCUGCUGCCCUGUUUAUCGGGCGGCAGGUAGCUUUAGUGGUUAAGAGCGUUGUGCCAGUAACCCGAAAGGUCGCUGGUUCGAAUCCCCGAGCCCGACUAGGUGAAAAAUCUGUCGAUGUGCCCUUGAGCAAGGCACUUAACCAUAAUUGCUCCUGUUAGUCGCUCUGGAUAAGAGCGUCUGCUAAAUGACUUAUUAUUAUUAUUAUAUUAUUAUAAUUAUUAUAUCAUAUAUCCUGAUGCCUAGUCACUUUACCCCUAUACAUAUCUACCUCCAUCACUCCAGUAUCCCUGCACAUUGUUAAUAUGGUACUGACCCUGUAUAUAGUCACCUUACCCCUAUACAUAUCUACCUCUAUCACUCCAGUAUCCCUACACAUUGUUAAUAUGGUACUGGAACUGACCCUGUAUAUAGUAUUUACACUACCGUUCAAAAGUUUGGGGUCACUUAGAAAAGUCCUUGUUUUCUAAAGAAAAGCAAUUUUUUUGUCCCUUUUUAAAAUAACAUCAAAUUGAUCAGAAAUACAGUGUAGACAUUGUUAAUGUUGUAAAUGGCUAUUGUAGCUGGAAACGGCUGAUUAAAAAAAAAAAUGGAAUAUCUACAUAGGCGAACAGAGGCCCAUUAUCAGCAACCAUCAGUCCUGUGUUCCAAUGGCACGUUGUGUUUGCUAAUCCAAGUUUAUCAUUUUAAAAGGCUAAUUGAUCAUUAGAAAACCCUUUUGAAAUUAUGUUAGCACAGCUGAAAACUGCUGUGCUGAUUUAAAGAAGCAAUAAAACUGGCCUUCUUGAGACUAGUUGAGUAUCUGGAGCAUCAGCAAUUGUCGGUUCGAUUACAGGCUCAAAAUGGCCAGAAACAAAGAACUUCCUUCUGAAACUCGUCAGUCUAUUCUUGUUCUGAGAAAUGAAGGCUAUUCCAUGCGAGAAAUUGCCAAGAAACUGAAGAUCUCGUACAACGCUGUGUACUACUCCCUUCACAGAACAGCGCAAACUGGCUCUAACCAGAAUAGAAAGAGGAGUGGGAGGCCCCGGUGCACAACUGAGCAAGAGGACAAAUACAUUAGAGUGUCUAGUUUGAGAAUCAGGCGCCUCACAGGUCCUCAACUGGCAGCUUCAUUAAAUAGUACCCGCAAAACCUCAGUCUCAACGUCAACAGUGAAGAGGCGACUCCAGGAUGCUGACCUUCUAGGCAGAGUUGCAAAGAAAAAGCCAUAUCUCAGACUGGCCAAUAAAAAUAAAAGAUUAAGAUGGGCAGUCCUGAGAUAUGGCUUUUUCUUUGCAACUCUGCCUAGAAGGUCAGCAUCCCGGAGUCGCCUCUUCACUGUUGAAUUCUGGAUCUUUUUAUAUUUUUUACAAUAUUUCUUAUUUUUACAAGUGAAUACAAUAAAGUAUUUUUUUAUUUUUUUUACAUUUAAAGAUAAACAAAUUAUCUGGAACCAUUCAGAAAAUUUGGCCAUACCUGAGUUGGCUUCAUUAAUUAGUAAAUCAAAAUUAUUUUGUGAUAAAAUCAAAUUGGUAUCAUCAGCAAAGAGAAUUGGAAGUACGGUAGAAGACACAGCAGCAAGGUCAUUGAUAUAGAUUAGGAAUAACAAAGGUCCAAUUAUAGAAUCCUACAGGUAGACCACAGGGACACCAGUAUCCAUUCUCAGUCAGAGAAGAUAGAUCACUAUCUGUCAGACAUUUACAACAUAAGUCAUUUCCCUCCAAAGGAAAUGGAGCUGUCUGUCUGUCGUCAGCUCUGAGAGGGUGGAAGGGUGAACCAGCGGUAGGAUGUGUGACUUACCAGCCGGGAAAAUAAAGGAAAAGUUGUCUUGUUGAAAUGUGAGGGCUGAGGGUUGGAUGAAGUCAUCCUGACAAGUCCCCUGACACAGAAAGUAAGAGGGUGAGGAGGGAGGAGAUGGUUAGUCCUCUGUGUGACUCCCUCCACUCCCAUCCUUCUCCCUCAGGGCUCUGUGCUCUCAGUGGAGGCUCACACACAGGCCUCCCCCUCCCCCCUCUCACCCCCCCCCACUCCAUCUCCCCUAAAGACAUCGAGAACUACGGCGCCUCUCUCUCAGCCCCCCCCCGAAACUCCUAUACACCCCUCCUCUCUCUCUCCCCCUGCUCAACUCUCGUACCUCUCCCGCCUCGCGACCCCUCCCUCUAA